AUGGCUCCUCACGCGACUGGCGGCUCAGAUACUUGCAGUAACACGCCAGAAACAUCAUCGGAAGCCAAUGGAGAUGCAAAGCAAGACGGUUACCGUUCCCUACCAGUGCCAAAUCCAUGCCUCUCACAUUGGCACCGCACAACUCGAGCCUUCGAGCAUCUCAAUACCAACGAGCACGUCCCCGUCCCAGCGACAGCCAAAUACGUCAUCAUCGGUUCUGGACUUUCUGGCUCGUUGACAGCAUGGUCUCUGGUUGUCGACCACGGUGUCGCAGCCAAGAGUCUUGUUCUCCUCGAAGCUAGAGAAGCCGUAUCCGGAGCUUCAGGCAGGAACGCGGGGCAUGUUAGACCUGAUGCUUUUCGCGGGUUUGCAGCAUACGCCCGAAUCCAUGGACCUGAGCAAGCUAGAAAGAUCCUCGAAAAUGAGAAGCUGGUGUUCGAGAAGGUCGAUGCGUUCAUUCGUGAACACAACGUUCCCUGCGAUUUCAAUUCUACUACAACCUUUGACGUCUGCCUGACACCGGAAUUUGUUGCCCACCAAAAGGAAUCCUUCAGCGCUUACCAAAACGCUGGCGGAGAUGUCACUCAUGUGCAGUACUUCGAAGGCGAAGAAGCGAAGAGUCGAACAGGAAUCAAGGACGUGUUAGCUGCCUAUGAGUGGCCUGCAGGCUCGAGCCAUCCGGCUAAGCUUGCGCAAUGGUUAUUGGGGCAACUGAUUGAGAGAGGCGUGAGUCUGUGGACGCACUGUGCUGCGAUGAAAAUUAGUGAGCACGAGGCUCGUGACGUGGACGAUCACGCAAAAUGGGACAUUACAACCCCGCGCGGUACCAUUGCCACGGAAGUGGUAAUACACUGUACGAACGCAUACGCUGCUCAUCUUCUACCGGAGCUGUCAAGCUUUGUAACUCCCAAUCGAGCCCAGGCGCAUUCUAUAAUCCCGGGAUCUGAACUGUCGGGGGCUAGAGCGCAGAAGAGCACCAUGAGUCUGAGGUACAGCCUGAAGCACUUUUUCUCUUUCAUUCAACGUACAGUCGAUGGAACGGUUGUUUUUGGCGUAUCGAGAUUACAUCCAGGAUGGAGCCAAGAGACGAUAAGGUCCAUCGUUAGUUUUGAUGACUCGGGAUACAACACCGAGAUUGCAGACUCGUCCAGCGAAGCAUACAAAGAACUUUUCCAGGGCACCAAGUUCAGAGCAACCCGCCAUGGCGAAGGUGAUGAGUAUCAUUGGACGGGCAUCAUUGCCAUGACCCCCGAUUCUGUGCCGAUCGUUGGUGCGGUCGAGGGUAAAGAAGGGCAAUACAUUCUGGCUGGGCACAACGGACACGGUAUGGCCCGUAUAUGGGCAUGCGCUCCAGGGCUUGCUAAACUUGUUCUCGGGGAGUCGUGGGCUGCAACAGGUCUUCCAGAGUGUUUCCGCUACAGCAAGGCCCGGCUCGAUCGAGCGGCGCAGCAGAAUAUCACAAGCGUGUGGUGA